AUGGAAAAUGGAACAUAUUUUUACUUCAUGUUGUUUGAAAAUCUUGGGUACAAAAGAUAUGCUUUCUUCUGUUUGGGAUUUAUUCUGUACUGUGCUAUCAUAUUUUUUAAUGCCCUCAUUUUUCUUACAAUAUGUUUCGAAAGGACAUUGCACAUGCCUAUGUAUGUUCUGAUUUCAUGUUUGUCCAUCAACUCUGUGUAUGGUACAGCUGCCUUUUUCCCAAGGUUGCUGACAGACUUGCUGUCUGAUACACAUACAAUCUCCCGUGAAGUAUGUCUCUUACAGGCUUUUGUCAUUUUCUCAUAUGCAGCAAAUGAGAAUACAAUAUUAAUGUUAAUGGCAUUUGACAGAUUUGUAGCAAUCAGUAAACCUUUACAAUACCACAACAUAAUAACUCCCAGGGUUCUAACUGUUUUAUUAGUUAUAAACUUAGUUUAUUCAAUGGUUUCUGUUGGUACUAGUGCUCUUUUAACUGCCAGACUGACAAUGUGUGGUAACAGAUUGUUUAAAGUGUACUGCCACAACUAUGAAAUGGUCAAGCUCUCUUGUGCAAACACUAUUAUUAAUAAUGUCAUGGGCUUUUUCAUACUGAUCACAACUGUUGUCCUCCCUUUAAGUUUUAUAUUAUAUUCUUAUGUGAAAAUUCUUAUAAUUUGUCGAAGAAGCUCAGCACACUUCAAGAGCAAAGCUUAUGAAACUUGUGUUCCACACAUAGUGAUCCUUUUAAAUUUUUCAAUUGCCAUUGUUUCUGAAGUCACUUUGAGUCGAAUUGUAAAUGUGGAACUUCCUAUAGCACUGUCAAUUGUUUUUUCACUGGAGUUUCUUAUUGUACCACCCAUCCUCAAUCCUAUUGUUUAUGCUUUUAACUUGCCUGAUAUUCGCAAAAACAUUCUUCGUCUUAAGGCAUCCAGGUAG